GUUUGGCUCCAUUGUAUUUCAAGGUGGGCGAAGUAACCCAACUGAUAGAUUGCGUUCCUCCUUGAACCCUCGCUUCUGCCAAAAUUCCAUCUUCCUUAAGAUUUGCUCGCAAAUAACUCCCAUCUCUGUUCGAUCUAUCUCCUUCCUUCGCUGUUUUGAGAUGAGGCUUUCACAGUCCCCUUCAGUUAACAACGGCAUGUAGCCUCUUUUCUCUGCUUCUAAGAUUCCGGCAAACACAGCCCUCGUCUCUGCCUCCUCCGGUCUACACAAUCCCUUCUCCCAUCGUGUAAACCCAAACACAGAAGGAGCCAUUCCAGUCUCUAAUCACCCCUCCCAGACCAAUUCCAUAUUUCCAAUUUGGGUAAACUUAGAAUUGUGAGAGAGAUUAGGAAAACCAUGGCAGCUCGCAAGAGAGCUUCAGCACCCGCGGCGGCCCCUGCCAAUGCUGCUGCCACUGUUUCCAACGGCGACAAGGCCGAGCAAAAACCCAAGGAAGCUUCAGAUCCGCCGAUCGCGCCACCGAAAUUGGGGUUUAUCUUGAAGCUCUCCCUCUUUCUUUUAGCGCCCUACUUCUAUUUCUUCUUCUACCACUACGAGAUCCAGCAGGAGCUCCAAAAAUCCAUCCUCAUCAAUGCUGCGCUUAGCCUUGCGGGCUUCUUUCUCACGGUCAAGAUGAUCCCUGUGGCCUCUAGAUACGUGCUGAGGAGGAAUCUGUUUGGUUAUGAUAUCAACAAGAAGGGCACUCGUCAAGGGACGGUCAAAGUGCCGGAGUCAUUGGGUAUUGUUGUUGGAAUAGUCUUCUUGGUGUUGGCGAUCAUAUUUCAAUAUUUUAACUUCACUGCAGAUUCCAUUUGGCUUGUGGAAUACAAUGCUGCAUUAGCAUGCAUAUGCUUCAUGACACUGCUAGGAUUUGUUGAUGAUGUCCUUGAUAUCCCCUGGAGAGUGAAAUUGCUCUUACCAUCAUUUGCUGCACUCCCCUUGCUAAUGGCGUAUGCUGGACAUACAACUAUUCUCAUACCAAAGCCUUUGACUCAAUAUGUUGGAGUCGAUGUGUUGGACCUAGGCUGGAUAUAUAAGUUAUAUAUGGGGCUUCUGGUUGUUUUCUGCACAAAUUCUAUCAAUAUCCAUGCGGGUAUAAAUGGGCUUGAAGUUGGACAAACAGUUGUGAUUGCAUCUGCUAUUUUGGUACACAACAUCAUGCAAAUCGGAGCAUCAAUUGAUCCCGAGAAGCAACAGGCCCAUGCCUUCUCAAUUUAUCUUGUUCAACCAUUGCUCGCAACCUCCUUGGCCUUACUCUCGUACAAUUGGUACCCUUCUUCUGUUUUCGUUGGGGACACCUACACUUACUUUGCCGGGAUGACAAUGGCUGUUGUUGGGAUUUUAGGUCAUUUCAGUGAAACGCUGCUGAUUUUCUUUCUGCCUCAAGUGAUAAACUUUCUGUUAUCACUCCCUCAGCUAGCUGGUAUUGUCCAUUGUCCACGUCAUCGUCUUCCUAGGUUUGAUCCUGACACAGGAUUACUAACUGGAACAAAGGAUGGAACGGUGGUUAAUGUUUACUUGAGAUUUUUCGGCAAGAAGAAGGAAAACUCACUAUGCAUUCAUCUUCUUCUCGUUCAGGCUGUUGGUUGCGGCUUUUGUUUCUUUUUGAGGUACUUGCUCACUGGCUGGUACAAAUGAGGCUUUGCUGAAAGGAUCUCUCCGAGUCUUUUAGCUUAUCGGUUACCAGUUAGCCAGUUCAGUUGUACGAUUUUAAUUUAUACAUGCACUUGUACCUGUGCCGUGCUUUGCUAGUAACUUAGGAACUAGGAAAUGACCGAGUGUUUCACAGGACCACCAUGGAGUUUCAAGUUUUGUUUCUUACUUCAUGUUCAUGGAUGGAGAGGAUCUUGAUGUUGCUAACAUUACAUAUAGAAGAUAACAUAGUAUUGCUUGUUCAGUUCCAUCUCAUAUUUUUGCCUAUACUCUCUUGCUUCGUGAACAACUUGUUGAUAUCUCAAGC